AUGACUGAGUAUCCGGGCAACUUGCUGAAGCUGGGCUUGAAGGACAUGCUCGCUUCUGGUCUGUACUCCGACCUCACGAUCGAGUGCCGGGGCACUACCUUCGCCGUUCACAAGCUUGUGCUCCACACGCAGUCGCAGUACUUCAGAAAGCUGCUUGCUGGCGGUUUCAAGGAGGGCGUCGCCGCCUCUAACAUCUCCCGCCUCCCACUCGAUGAAGAUCCAAACAUCUUCUCCGUUGUCAUCAAGCACCUGUACCAGUUCGUUUACGAUGACAGCGGGCGUGGAAAUACCGCACCAGCCCCAUUCGCGGUUCUCGUCUACGCCGCUGCAGACAUGUACGACAUCGAGCCCCUUCGCACCCAGGCAGCCAAGCGCAUGAAAGACACUAUCGACCCGAACGACAUCGAUACUCUCAUCGAAACCAUUCGUGCUGUCGACGAGAACACUGCCGACCAGGUCCUGUGGGACAUCGUCAUACCGGUCAUCAAGAGCAACAUGGGACGUCUGCUACAGAAUGAGCAGUUCCGCGAGAUGCUGCACGAAAUGAAGGAGCUCAACUUCCGCCUGUUGGCUAUGCUCGAUCCUGCAGCAGGAGUGGUAGGUUUCGGCAAGGAGCAACUGGUAGCGAGCUUCACCACUAGUGACAUGGGCGAGGGGGAUGAGGGCGACGAGGAUGAGGACGACGAGUGGGACCCGUACAGCCUGGGACGCAUGUCAGGCCACGGGCCAGGUCGACGCCUUGGAUGA